AUGUACGUCACAGUUACCCAGCUGCCUUGCUGGGGGCUCUGUAAUUUCACCGCCUUUGUGGAGUGGGUGCUGGUGUCCUGUGGAUUGCCUCUGACUGUGGACAUCUCGGACAACAGCCCCACUCUGGACCCUGAGCCCAAUCCACCCUCUCCCUGCUGCUGGAGCAAAAGUCAGCAUGCCUCACAGAUGAACGUGCACGAAUGCCCCAAUGGAUGGACAAAUUUUGGAGUGAAAUGCUACAGGUACUUCCCUCAGACAGUUAACUGGAUCACUGCGGAGAGAAACUGUCAAACCUAUGAUGCAAACCUUGCAUCUGUGCAUAAUAAACUGGAAAAUGAUCUCCUACUGAGCAUGGUGCCUUCUAACACACGUUUUUGGGUUGGCACUCAGGAUGGUGAACAAGAAGGACAGUGGAUUUGGAGCGAUGGAAGUCCCUUUGACUACACCAGCUGGUGCUCUGGAGAACCGAACAAUGCAGGAAAUAACGAAAACUGCCUGGAGCUGGCCUAUAGCUCUAACCGUUGCUGGAACGAUCUGACAUGUUCAGUACAACUUGGCUUUGUUUGUGCUAAAAACCUGUGAGAUCACAUGCAGUCAUCCUGCUCCACAUUUACGUGAUUGUGCUACAUACAUUUACAUUUUCUGAACUCAUCCUUUAUAAAACAUGUUAAUCUGAAAUUAAACUUGCAUCUUUUCUCAGUAUCUUUUCUAAAACACUACUCUAAUCAAUAAAAGCAUUGACAAAGCAUAUAUUGUGUGUUGCGGAGUUUCAUUAAAAUC